GUCUCCAGCAAGGCCUGUCAGCGCGGCGGGGCGGAGGCGGGGCGGCUCGGCGUCUCCUCGGACUGCCUCGAAAGGCCCCGGCGGGCGGGCGGGCGAGCGAGGCCGCGGGCCCGGCCGCCCCCUUUCUCCACAGCCCCUGCCGAGAAGCUUCGCUCCGCGCCCAACAUGGCCGGCGGGCGCUGCGGCCCGCUGCUAACGGCGCUCCUGGCCGCCGGGGUCGCGGUGACGGCGGCGACGGAGGACCCCGAGCAGGCCGCGCUGCCGGUGGAGCAGAGCCGGGUCCAGCCCAUGACCGCCUCCAACUGGACCCUGGUGAUGCAGGGCGAGUGGAUGCUGAAAUUUUAUGCCCCAUGGUGUCCAUCCUGCCAGCAGACUGAUUCUGAAUGGGAAACUUUUGCAAAGAAUGGUGAAAUACUUCAGAUCAGUGUGGGGAAGGUAGAUGUUAUUCAAGAACCAGGUUUGAGUGGCCGCUUCUUUGUCACUACUCUCCCAGCAUUUUUUCAUGCAAAGGAUGGGAUAUUCCGUCGUUACCGUGGCCCAGGAAUCUUUGAAGACCUGCAGAAUUAUAUCUUAGAGAAGAAAUGGCAAUCUGUUGAGCCUCUGACUGGUUGGAAAUCCCCAGCUUCUCUAACGAUGUCUGGAAUGGCUGGUCUUUUUAGCAUCUCUGGCAAGAUAUGGCAUCUUCACAACUAUUUCACAGUGACACUUGGAGUUCCUGCUUGGUGUUCUUAUGUCUUUUUCGUCAUCGCAACCUUGGUUUUUGGCCUUUUCAUGGGACUGGUCUUGGUGGUAAUAUCAGAAUGUAUCUAUGUGCCACUUCCAAGGCAUUUAUCUGAACGUUCUGGGCAGAAUCUGAGGUCACAAGAGGCUCAUAGGGCUGAACAGUUGCAGGAUGCAGAGGAAGAAAAAGAUGACUCGAAUGAAGAAGAAAAUAAAGACAGCCUUGUAGAUGAAGAAGAAGAGAAAGAGGACCUUGGCGAUGAGGACGAAGUAGAGGAUGAAGAGGAGGAGGACAAUGCAGCUGCUGGUGUGGAGGAGGAGAGGAGUGACACCAAUGACCAAGGGCCCCUGAGAGAGGGCAGCGGGGCCCAGAAGGAAAUAGAGCCUGAAGAGACUGAAGACGAUGUCCCUGAACAGCCCUGUUCAGCUGACACAGAGGUGGUGGAAGACUCGUUGAGGCAGCGCAAAAGUCAGCAUGCUGAUAAAGGACUGUAGGUUUCAUGAUGUAAUUUCCAAGGACACAGGCCAAAAGAAUAUGUCAGUCUCCCUCUGUUCUGUAGUUCAAACCAAAUCCUUAAGUUUUCCUGAAUGAGCAAGCUUCUCUCUUAAAAGAUAUCUCUAGUCAUGAGGUCUUGUGGCAGUAAGCCUCAUGUAUACUAAGGAGACUCUUUCAAGCGUGAUAAUCAGGAUACAGAAAAACAAGCGUGGUGUUAGGAUCUAUUUGGGGACUUGAGAUAGGAACAAGUUGAUUUACUUGGGGCUAGAGAGUCUUGACCAGAGAAGACAACUUCCCGCCCUCAUUUGCACCUUCUAGAGACAAGGCUGCUGGCCCCAUAAAAUGAAAGCAAAGCAGCUUUUACUCCCAAGCUUCCUCGAAGUGUAGCAGAAAUCUUGCUUCCUUUUCAUGUGUUAAGUAUUUAUUUUUCUCAAACUGUAAGAAACAUCAGGCACCACAGUGCAUGAACACUUUUUUAGAGAUAGAAAUUGAGAGGGCCCUGGAUAUACUUUUAGAAAAGAGCUUGGGAGUCAUCCCAGCUUUCCUCCUUUGUUAUGCUUCAUUUCUUACCUUUAAUUUUUCCAGCUUCUCCAUCAUGGGCCUGCAGGCUACUCACCCUCUUCACAAUUAUUCCAUACUGAGAGGACUCAGACAGCAGACGGGUUUAUAUCAAUUGUGUUUAUUCCAACUUAAGUGUUUAGAUAAUCAGUAACUACAAUCUAUGAAGCAAUGACUGCCAAGCAGCUCGAAUGAAAUGUUGUAACCUCUGGAGAUUCAAAAGGAAGUAGGGAUUUUAUAGGACAGAUUUUUGAAAAUCUUUUGCCCAAAAUGUAGUAAUUUUUUAAAGCUUUUUUUAGCAAUAUUCUUUUUGAAGCCAGAAGUCCUCUAAGUCUUGCCAGUACAAGGAAGUCUUGUGAAGAAAACUUGAAUACUGUGUUGUUCUAUUUCCAUCUCAAGGGCUUCCCUGGCUCUUGUACCACCUUAAUAAUAACUGAAAAAUCAUUUCUGGUUUUCUUUCGGCAAUGUGCUUUUGGUGACAGAAUUCAUGAAAGUCAAUAUCUGGAAGUGAAAGGUUUUAUUUUGUUUCUAUCUUCCUAAAUCUUCUAAAGAAUUGUAUCUUUGUAAAUCCCUCAAUACUCAGUCUAUUGUAAGUACCCAGGGAUCCCAAUGUCUUCUGAAAAGCAGUCCAUCUACUUCUCUCAUACCUGAUUUAUGUCUUAGAAUAAAGUCAUAAAAUUAGAUUCCAUGUGUAUGAAAAAUGCCUAAAGUUGAUCCUGUGCCCCUUGGGUCCAGACAGAAUAAUAAUAACUUUUUGAAAUUCCAAAAGUUUCUGUCAUGUUUAAAAAGAAAAAUGCAGUACAUUUCUAUCUGGCUGUUUAGAUAACCCUUUCCUGUAUUAACUGCAAGCAUGGGACUCACUUGAUGAUGGUAGGGUUCUGAAACUCUGCUCUCCCGUGAUUGAAUGAGGCUGUUGCAAGCCUUGCACAGAGGAGGUUUUUAUUCUGACAAAAUAUAUUUUAGAGAUGAAUAUUUGUCAUUUUUCCAACUCAGUUACCUAACAUUCUCCUCUCCUAGUACAGUGAAGUUUGAGUCCCCAGUGAUUGUCUUCUUUGGACAGCAGUGCAUCCUCAAGUUUGAGACCAUCACAGAACUGAUGGAAUGGGAGAACCUUGACAUAUGUCCAUUUCCUACCCCUCCCGUCACAUUGGCCUCUGACACAUUCUCAGUCAAAGCGCUGUCAUUCUGCUGGUGGCAGUUCUAUCGCCCUGAUGCAAGGAAGCUUUUCUCCAUCAGAGCUGAGCUGAGCCUGCUCUCCUGUCACUGGAUUUCUUUCUCUUAUAAACAGUUUAAACAAAAUUUUCAAAGAACAGUAAGUUCUAAGUUCAAAUUCAGAGACAUGGCAAAAGAAAGUCUUCAGAGUUUGGCUUUUCAGUAUAAUGCCCCCCCCCAAAUUGAAAUAUUCAUUUUUUUUUUUUUUUUUUUUUGUAGAGUAUUUGAGUAGUGGGCAAAGAAUGAAGAUCUACAUUGGCUUUUAUAAAUCUAAGGCCAGUUUUCAAUUGGACCCCAAAUAGGAGCUAAUUAUGUAAUAAAUAUGCAUUUUCUUUCUCAGCGAUACUUUUCAAAAAAUUGGAUUGUGAGGAGAAAAACAUUUUGAAGAAGAGGAUCCAUUAAAAGUUUAAGUAUCUGUCUAUGGAUAUUAUUUUUCCUGAUUUUUCCCUUUUUUGACAUCCUGGCAAAAGAUGGGCUUUUUUACUAAAUGGCCUGAUAAGUACACAUCAAAUUUAAUCCUUCUCACUUGAAGCCUUUAGGUUUGUUUUCAGUACUUAAUGAAUAUAAAACUAAAGGAAAAAAGUCAACUUAGAAUAAUUUAAGCUUAAGAUUAAAUCAUGAGCCUAACGUUUGCACACGACUUUGUGGAUUUUUCCUGUAAAUAAUACUCAUAUUUAAUCCAGAAUUAAAGUGCAUGGAAACAUGAUUUUGAUUUAUAAAAUGAAAAAUAAUCAUGAUUUUCUCUAUUGUAAUAUCAAUUAUUUAAUUACAGAAUGGUAUUUUAUAAAAAUUAAAAUUAGAUGAAUGAAAUAAAAGUAACUGGAUUUUGGAAUGGAGGUGUGCAGGUGUUUACGUGUGGGUAGUUGGAGCAGGAUAGCUUUUCAUUGAUUAGAAAGUUUGAAACUUUAAGUUACCUUUUUAUUAGUUUCUUUUAUAUUCAACUCUUGCUAGAACUGCGAAAACAACUCAGCUCGCUUAGAGAUCUCAUAUUAAAGCAAUGUACAGGCAGGCAAUUCUGUUUCUUUCUUCCUCUUUGAAGUAUAAUCAUUGAACAGGGUGAGGGACGGCCUAUUCGGUUCAUAGGGUCUUGCACUGCAUGGGCACGUACUUACAACAUCGUCUUGUGCAUAUGAUCCAUGCCUGUUAGCUGCAGGCCUCUUUAACUACAUAAAGAAAUUCAGAAUAACUACUAUAGUAAAAAGUAAACAAGCUUUGGUUGGAUUGGCUUUUGACUGUGGAGAAAGCCAAAUUUUGACUUUUAUAGCCCCAAACCCUUACUGAUAGUUAUGUUGCAACAUGAAUUGGAUACAUGUAAGUCUGCAGAGCCUGCAUCCUGUAACACCUUUGAGGUAGAUGAUUAAAACGCUUUUUAAGGCUAGUAAUUACCAUGUGACUUUUUAUUACCAAGUCCUUCGGGAAUACAGCUGGUAUGCUCGUUUAAAUGAAGGGAAAUAUUAAAGAGUCCAAAGAAAAAUAAAAAAUUAAAAAAGUGGGAAAGAUCGAGUAAGCCUGAGAUUCAGCCCAAAAUCUUUGACAUGAUGUGAAAAAAAGAAGGGGGGAGCUGGUGCUUUUGCUAGAGUAUCAAUAGGUUAGCUAUGUAUUUCCUCUCAGUGUUGCAGUGUUAGCUCUGCCAGUAUUAUAAAUGUGAGGUAGAUCCAUCCUGUCAAAUAUACAAACAUUUUGGAAAGUAUUUACAUAAAUCUUUUGUGCCAACAGAAAGUUCCUUGUGUGAUAUCUUUUUACCUCAGUUUCACAUUUUGAUCCUCUUGAGAAGAUUAUAGCUUGUCCUGAAAAAGCCAAAUCUGUAGCCAACAAGAACGAUGAAGCUUGAUGAGGCAGCUUUGUGAACAGUUUUCCCGAAGAAGGAGGUUCAGUUGAGAGGCCUUUGAUAGCUUCAGCACAGACAUGGCCUUUUGAUGGUAUUCUCAAGUAAACAUUUGUGUAGACUGUGACACUGUAUAUGUGUGACUUACACAACUUUGACAUGUUUCCAAUGUAGUUUAAUCAUAUUUGUUACUAGACAGCUUCUAUGUGGUAAUGCAGUUUUUAUAUUAAAAGCACUGCUUCUUUAUACUGCAAUACAUUAUGCAUUUGUUAUUUGCAGUCUUUGUAAUAGUCUUGAUUAUUUAGCCCAGUGUAAUUUUUUUUUCACUUCAUCCAUGUAUUCUUUGCUUCUUCAAAUAGCAUCUGUAGCAACUGAAAUGAGAAAUCAAAAUAUGCAUUUCAGGCAGUACAUUGUCUGAAUUACAAAUCACCUGAUCACAGAAUGUACAUAAUCCUUGUUCCUAUGUUUUCAUUUUACUGUAAAUUUCCAUUGGCAUCAAAACCUAAUGACAAUGAUGACUAAGUAAAAAAACAAAAUGGUGUAUUGCUUUUCAUAUAACUAUUUUCACAAAAGCAAUUUGCCUA